AUGCUGCGGGUAGUCAGUGACGGCUCCUUCAAGGACAAGGUUGGUACCGCGGCUGCCCAGAUUCUCUGCUUCGACGGCCUUGCUGUGAUUAGAGUUUGGUGCCGUUGCCCAGGAAUGCCUCAGGACCACAGCGCGUACCGCAGUGGGCUCAUUGGAAUCCUCGCAGGAGUCAAGGUGGUUUCUUGGCUGCAUGACUAUUUUCCCAAAGAGCACCUCUUCAACUUUCUCCCAAUAAUGACUGUGGCUUGUGACGGGGAGUCUGCUCUCAACAAUGCCUUUGACACUGGGACCUCACGCCCUCAACAGAAGCAGUUUGAUCUUCUGUUGGCCAUCCGCACCUUGGCCCAGUCAACUCACAUCAGCUGGCGGAAACACCAUGCCAUGUGCCACCAAGAUGACCACGGCCCUCUGUCAAACUUGGAUUGGUGGGAACUAUGCAAUGCGGAGUGUGACAGCGCCGCAAAAGCCUUCCUUCGCCGCCUUACAACAAGCCACCCGCCUCUGCCCGCCCUUAAUCGUCGAUUCGUUUUCUAG